AUGACCGACUUGCUCCAGCUUAUACCCGACUUUCCGGUUGGGCAGUUUGCUGGGCUGGUGCAGACAUUGGAACGUCACCAACUUACUACCACCGAUCUCUUGACCCAGGAUGUCGUCGACAUAGGCAAACGCACCCAACUACCUCUGCUCGACAUCAAACGACUAUGCGCGGCCGUUGUCGAUGCCCUUCACCGCGACUUCAACCCCGCCAACCGACAGCCAUCGAACGCCAAUCCAUUCCUCAAGCGUUCACUCACAGAGCUUGAAAACCAGUGGUCCACAAUCAGCACCCUCGAUGACGACCUUGAUCGAGCCUUGGGAGGGGGGCUCCCAACCGGCUACGUUACCGAGGUCACAGGCGAGAGCGGCGUUGGGAAAACGCAGUUUCUGUUGUCGCUGCUGCUGGCUGUCCAACUACCACCACCAUAUGGCCUGGGCCGCCCUGCCUUAUACAUCACAACGGAGGCACAGUUGUCGACGAGACGUCUCUCCCAGAUGCUAUCGACCAACCCUCGGUUUGCGGAUCUUUCACCCGAGGAUAAGCCGUCUUUGGAUGGGAUCUCCAGCACCUCGACCCCUGAUCUCGAAUCCCAAGAGCAUAUUAUCCAGUUCCAGGUCCCUGUUGAGGUCGAACGGCGCAAUAUCGGACUCAUUGUGCUCGACUCUGUGGCCUCCAACUACAGGGCAGAGUUCGAGCGAGGCGCCAUCAACAACCACGGAUCCAACAUGGGAGCUCGCAGUACCGAGCUCACAAGGCUCGGGGCCUUGCUUAGAGAGCUGGCCCAGAAGUACGAACUGGCAGUCGUGGUUGCCAAUCAAGUGGCAGACCGGUUCUCCAGUUCUCUCGUGCCAGUGGCAACCCCUAGGACGGCGCCUCCUCCGGGUGGUGGUGGACUCACCCAGGAAAGCCCACUAGCAUCAAGGAGCAGGGGGCCGAGAGCGUUCUCACCGUCAGCUGUUGAGCCAACCUCGUCCAUGGCCGAGCAUGUCCGGUCUAGCAUGCCCGAACCUCCGGGUCUGGAUGACUUCGGCCCGCCCGCGCCUCCCGCGCUGGCAUUGGACCACCAACAACGGUGGUUCACGGGAUGGGGUGAUGAUCCCUUCGCAGACUACGGACUCAAGACUCCCAGCCUGGGUCUGGUGUGGUCAACCCAGAUAGCGUGUCGCAUUGCAUUGUUCAAAAAGCCCGUGUAUGGAGUGCAUCGACACAUCGAGGAUGAAGCUGACGAACGGGGGAUGCCGGCGCUGAAAAACUGGCGUCGGUGGAUGAAGGUAGUCUUCGCUCCCCAUGCAAAGGCGACAGGCCAGGGCCUGGAUGGCGCUGUCGAGUUCGCGGUGACGAUGGCAGGGCUAAGAGCUGUCACGAAGAAAGAAGCUGACGGUGACUGA